CGACAUGCAGAAUGCUGUCCAAACCUCUGCUUGAAAAAAGGCCGUUGUAGUGCUCUGGCCUCUGUCACAGAACCCUCUUUGCUUGGCUUUGUCCCACUGUAAGAGCAAGGUAGUUGGUUGGAUGUUGGAGGAAUUCCUCCAUAUCGGGUGACCCAUUGCCCCAUGGCCUUUGCUCCUUGCCUAGCUUGCAGUGAGGGAGUGCUCCUGGCGGGUGCUGUAUCCCAUGUCACAAAAGCACCUUUCUACACAACAGGGGUACAGAGAAUGGGCCACAGCACAGUGGUUCUCCUUGGUUCAGCUCCAGCCUGCCGUAGUUGGAUUUCAGACCUCCCCCUGUGCUUCCAGCAAACACCCUCAUUGGUGGGGAAGUUCUUUCGCCCAAGCCUGGCAGAGAUAUCAGAGAGACCCGGAGCUCCUUGGUGCUGCCUCCACCACCACUGCUAGAGAGAGUAAAUGACCAUACCACUUAUGCAUAACUGGAUCCCAGUCAACCAUGAGGAUUAUCUCCUGUCAGUCGACCCUUAUGGCUGUAGUUGUGCUUACACUCACUGUGGUGUCCUGCACUGAAGCUAAAACUACACAAAAGCCCAAGUACCAGUACACCAAGAAGCCCAUCUCUCAGGUCACAAUGCACAGCCCUGUGACCACCAGCAUGCCCAAGACCCUCAAGAUAGUGGCAAGCGCAAAUCCGGUGGAGCCAAAUCCACUGCCUGCCACAGAGAGGACCACCUACCCCAGUCAUGUCUUCCAACAGUACCACACAGAGAGCACUGAGUCCCCUGGUGUUGGCCCCGAGAACUACACUCUGGAUUACAAUGAAUGUUACUUCAACUUCUGUGAGUGCUGUCCACCUGAGAGAGGCCCCAGGGGUCCAAAGGGAGACAGAGGCCUGGCAGGGCCACCAGGUGAAAGAGGCCUUGUAGGAGCAACUGGUUUACCUGGACCACCAGGCGUGAGUGGUGCUAUGGGGUUAAAAGGAGACAAAGGGGAUAAAGGUGACAGAGGAAACAGUGGGAUAGCUGGGCCACCAGGAGGUCCAGGGAAACCAGGACAGAAAGGUGAUGUUGGCUCAAAAGGGGGCAAAGGUGAAAUAGGGUUGCAAGGUGUAAAAGGUAAUCGUGGGGAGAAAGGUGAACCUGGCCAGAAUGGGACUGCUGGUGAGAAAGGAGAACCAGGAAAAGAGGGGCCAGCUGGACCUCCAGGAGUGGCUGUAGAGCUAGGCCCUAAGGGAGAUAAGGGGGAUAAGGGGGAGUGUGGCACAUUUGGGGAGAGAGGACAGAAAGGUGAGCGUGGGGAUUCUGGGUCUCCUGGCAUCCCAGGAGGGAUGGGAAUUCCAGGAAUAAAUGGCAAGCAUGGUUCACCAGGUCCUGUAGGUGUACGAGGGGAUCCAGGACUUCCUGGACCACAGGGGGAACCAGGAGUGAGAGGGGCUCAGGGACCACAAGGCCUAAGAGGGAUGCUUGGGCCAAAAGGGGAUAGAGGUUACCCUGGGAUGAGAGGGGAGCGGGGCAUUCGUGGGUUCAAAGGAGCUAAGGGAUCAGGGGUUCCCCUGAAGCGUUCAGCCUUCAGUGUAGGUAUCUCUCCAAGAAAGUCUUUCCCUCCUUCUGGUUUCCCAAUCCGCUUUGACAAAGUCUUCUACAAUGAAGAGAACCACUUCAAUGUCACAUCCAACAGCUUUACAUGUGUCCACGCUGGGGUUUACGUCUUCUCCUUCCACAUCACUGUGCGCAAUCAGCCACUACGAGCCACGCUGGUGGUGAACGGGUCACGGCGGGUAAGGACACGGGACUCUCUGUAUGGUCAAGACAUCGACCAGGCAUCUACUCUGGUGGUGCUGCGGCUGGCGGUGGGUGAUCAGGUGUGGAUGGAGACGUUCAGAGACUGGAAUGGGGUGUAUGCCAGCAGUGAGGAUGACAGCAUCUUCUCUGGAUUUCUGCUUUACUCAGACAAGGCCUGAUACUCAUAAAUGUAACUGGAAAUAUUCUCAUUUACUGGGCUGUUAUCCAUAUCUGUGAAAAGGCCAAAUACUGGUGGUGUUACACUAUACUGCUACUCCCGAACUCUUCCAGAACUGUACUCUAUGCUGCAGUGCAACUAGUCUGAGAACUUAAGGACUGGCGAUAUCAUGUCUAUUAUAUUAUCACCUUGCAAGUAUUUUCUUAUUUUGCCUGGCACCCUGAUGAACUUCGACUUUAACCCUUAAAACUCAUAGCUCUGAAGUAUUUAUUAAUGGUCAAUAUAGUUCAAUUACACCAUCAGUUAAACACUAUGACCCCAUGUCACGCUUACCUCACUGUUUGUCUGACCCAAAAACAUUCAUUUCACAUCCUCAUUCUAUGAUGAUGUCUGUUUUGUGAUUUUGUUUCUUGCACUCUGACUUCUUCCUUCACAACACUGUCACUGAUGACCUAGGCUAUCUGUAUGUAACUACAAAUAAGACAGAAAUAUAUGAUGUGUGUGUUGAGAGAUUAUCAUGUGACCUAUAACUGUAUUCUUACUGUAAAUCUGGCAAUGAAGACCUUACUCUUCUGCAGUGGAAAAAUAUAAUAUCCACUGUCAUAUCAUUAAUACUUAUAUUCUUUGUA